AUGGUGCAGGCUGUGUCUGUCGCACAGCAUACACUCUUUAGCCAUCUGCCACCCAACAACUCAAGGUCUAAGACACUCGCCCAGCAGCUCUGGGAAGAUGACCACAAUGAGGAUGAAGAACUUUUUGCCUUGAUCGCUGGCGAAGUCAGUGCGCCUACUUGGAUAACCCCUGUCAUUGACCAUUUUCCUGCUCCCGCACGUUCUGAAUCACCACUCUCUGCUAUAUCUACUGACUCAUGCUCCAGCUAUUGCUCGUCUGACUCAUGCUGCUGUUUCUCUGCCACGACAGCCUCUACCUUGUCAUCUAAGAGUGACAAGUCAUCCAAACUCUCCUGCCGUGAGAAGGCAAAGCAGGCUCGUGUCUUUGUAGACAUCUCCAAGACUGAAGUUACCCCCUACGACGGUGGCAAGACCACUGUCCUCACCGGUGGGGUGAUGCUGGAUACUGCACCUCCCAAGGGCAAGAGCGGCCUGUCUGCUUCUGCCUGGCGCCGCGUAUAA